CUCAUCAUAAAAGAGAACUCAAGGGUUGUGUUGAUAGUUGACAUACAGGCGGUGUUGCAUCAAAAGCAUUGUACUACUCACAGUUCAUGUCUGCUAUCACUGCUCAGUGCGUAUGUAAGUGUUUUCAUGUUAACAUAGUGUAUUUACAAAGUUUAAUCUUUAAAAUCUAUUAUUACAACCAUAUGGGCCUCAUACUGUAGACACACUAAGCUCACUGUAAACCUAGCUCCAUGAUAAAGACAUAUAUUGGUUUGAUCUUUUUGACCUCAAACCUGACCCUGUCUACCCUGCGCCUGUGUCUGUUCUGCAGGAAUCCCUGUAUUAUGUACACAGUAAAGGUAAUAUACAGAUUGCAUAUGUAAUUACUGCAGUCCCUGCAACUCCAUUUCUGAACAGAAAGGCAGCAUACAGUAGGUGGGAUUUGUCCUGUUACGACCCAAAUAGAUGUCCCAGUGGGCAAACUUUUACAUUUUCUGGUUUUCAACUGACUUUCUGGUUGAGAAGACGUCAUGCAACCAGGUAAAGAUGUACUUUAUGACGAAAUGGAGACGUUGUGGGAAAGAUAUCGUAUUUUGGUUGUUAUCGGAUCUGUUGUUUUUCUGGUUGCUAAGAAGACGUAAACGUUAAAUAAAAUGUGUUUUAUUUGAUUAGAAUUCUUUGAAAGAUCUGCUGUCCUGGGGGCUGGUCUCGUGGUAGUGCUGUUAUACCCUUUGUCCCUGGAGGCAAGGGUUCAAUUCCCGGCUGUGCCACUUUCCGACCUCGAUCCCUUUCUUUAAUCUCCCCUACUAUCUCAACUACUUCUACCUGUUAGCUGUCAACAAAAACUAUAAAAUACUGGAAGGAGAAUACUUCAAGAGAAUGGAAUUCCAUAGGCUAACCUGACCUGCACUUUAUCUGCUUCCUGAUGUUACCAAGUAAAAGUUCCUAGUUUGAAUGUAAAAAAAAAAAAGGGCAAUCACUACUUAGGCUGCUUAAAGUAACAUGCUUUUCCACACUUUACUGUAUAUUUAUACAGUAGCCUAUGUUAUUCGGCAACCCUUUUCCAUCAGCAGAGGGCCUCACACAGAGGAGGCUGGUAUGAGGAGCUAUAGGAGGAUGGGAUCAUCGUAAAGACUGCAGUAAAUGGAUUGGCAUAAAACACAUCAAACAUAUGAAAACCACGUUUGACCCCGUUCUAUUGAUUCCGUUCCAGCCAUUACGAUGAGCUGUUCCUCCUAUAGCUCCUCCCACCAGCCUCCUCUGGCCUCACCUAUUCUUUGGAAUUUGCCAUGAAGGAUAUGCGAUAAGAUGCAAGUUAGUGAUACGUAUUGACUGGGUAUGUGUCCUGCCAAAAAACACAAUGGAUGUUGCAUCAUCAGUGUGAGUAGGAAGGAUUUGGAGGCUGUCCUGGCGUAGCAAUCUACGGCACUGCAUCUCAAUGCAAGAGGCAUCACUACAGUUCCUGGGUCGAAUCCAGGCUGGAUCACAUCCAGCCGUGAUUGGGAGUCCCUUGGCCCAGCGUCGUCCGGGUUUGGCCGGGGUAGGCUGUCAUUGUAAAUAAGUGUUUGUUCUUAAAUGACUUGCCUAGUUAAAUAAAUGUUACAUAAAAAAGAAUACUGUACAGUAUUGUGUAUAUAUAGUACUAACUUGAUAUAGUAACUGCACAAGACUCGUAAAAUCCUGUUUGGAUAUCUUGCAGACCACCUAAACAGAGUCUGUGACAAUGCAAUUUCCCACAUGUAACUUGCAUUGCAGUGCUGAGCAAACAUUUAACCGCAUGCCCUCAGAAUUGGGAAAUUGAUGUUACAACACCCUUUCAACCACGGCUCAACCUUUACAAGCAGAUUCAACACUUCUGCUGUGUAUUUACAAUAGGUGAUUGGGCAACGCUUUGCUAUCAACAGUGCCAGAAUUUAUCAUGCAGGAUAUGCAAGGUCAAUGGUGGGAAGUAACACCCAGAUAUGUACAUAUGGUUCUACACACACCUCCAGCCAGGUAUAAAACGAGCAGUAGGGAAGGUGAUCAUUACAUGCAUGUUAAGGCACAGUUAACAGGGUACUACAAACUAUCAACCAAUCAGUGUUUUUCAGAGUCAAAAUGGCAAGAUACAAGGUGACUGUGCACACACACAACAUCGCAACUGCCACCACGAUGAACAACGUCUUCAUCAAGCUGGUUGGCGAAAAAGGAGAGAGUAAGCGCACGUGGCUCACUAGCUUGACCGGAGGCUUCUAUCAAGGCACGGCGUCUCGUGAAUUCGACGUGGUGUGCCCUUCCUCCCUCGGCACGCUGGUGCUGAUAGAGCUGGACAAACAGCCCCUCCCACUCUUCCCCCAGGACGCCUGGUUCCCGUCCAAGGUUAUCGUGACGACGCCAGAGGGAGACACAUGCCAGUUCCCUAUCUACCGUUGGAUUAUGGACAAGGAGGUGCACCUGUUCAGAGAGGGCACAGCUAAAAGACUCUGUGAUGAAACUAAUCAUCUUGCCAGGUACAGCAGAGAAAAAGAGAUGAAGAAGAGAACUGAGCAAUACUGCUGGGAUACCUACAAGGAGGGUUUCCCCGGCAGCAUGAAGGCAGACAACCCUCUGGAUCUUCCCAGCGAGAUCCAAUUCUCGUUCACCAAGGCCACCCAGUUCCUCUUCACCGCCGCCACCGGGAUCACUGAGCUGAAAUUGAAGGGGUAUUCCAACAGCAAGAAGAACUGGAAAAACAUUGAUGAAAUCAGCAAAGUCUUCUGCUGCAAUAAAACUGUCAUCUCAGACUACGCACAGGAGCACUGGAAGGAAGAUGAGUUUUUCGGGUACCAGUAUCUGAACGGCUGCAACCCCAUGUUGAUCCGUCGCUGCUCGCAGUUGCCGGCAAAUUUCCCCGUCACAGAAGACAUGGUCAAGCCCUCUCUUCGUGGAUCGUCCAGCCUCCUAAGGGAAUUGCAGAGCGGCAACAUAUUCCUGCUUGACUACAAGAACCUGGAUGGAUUAAAGGCAAACGUGAUCAAUAGGAAAAAACAGUACAUGGCGGCUCCUCUGGUCCUGCUCUACAGAACCCCUAAUGACAAGCUGGUUCCCAUCGCCAUCCAGCUGAAGCAGAAGCCUGCAAAAGACAACCCCAUCUUCCUUCCUACUGACUCUGAGUAUGACUGGCUCCUGGCCAAGAUCUUUGUGAGGAGCGCUGACUUUCAAGAGCACCAGCUCAACGUCCACCUGCUGCGCACUCACCUCCUGGCUGAGGUGUUCGCCGUAGCACUGCUGCGCAACAUGCCCAUGGUGCACCCUCUCUACAAGCUUCUGAUUCCACACACCCGCUACUCCCUCCAGAUCAACCUCUUGGCCCGGGCAUUGCUAAUAGCUGAUGAAGGAGUUUUCACUCAGUUUGCUGCUUCGGGCGGAGAGGGGAUGAUUGAGAUCCUGAGGAGAUCUGUGGCCUCAUUGACCUACAGCUCCCUCUGUGUGCCGGAAGACAUCACUGCACGAGGUCUGGAGUCAAUCCCCAACAACUACUACAGGGAUGAUGGACUCAAGCUGUGGGACAUCAUCCACAGGUUUGUAGAGGAAGUGAUUAGUUUCUAUUACAAGAGUGACUCAGAGGUCCGGGAAGACCAGGAACUACAGAACUGGAUCAAGGAUAUCUUUGACCAUGGCUUCCUGGCCCAAGAAUGCACAGGAAUCCCUCAGUCUUUCUCCACUGUGCCAGAGGUCGUCAAGUUCGUCACCGUGGUGAUCUUCACCUGCUCAGGCCAACAUUCUGCUGUCAACUCUGGACAGUAUGACUAUGGUGGCUGGAUGCCCAACACCCCCAUCUCCCUGAAACAGCCACCUCCCACCACUAAGGGGCAGUCUACUGAGAGCACCAUGCUGGAGACCUUCCCCGAUGUCGGCACAACAGCACAGGGCAUGUCCACCAUGUGGCUCCUUAGCAAGCAAUCCAGUGACUUUGUGGCCCUUGGCCAGUACCCAGAGGAGCACUUCAACGAGAUACCACCCUGCAGGAUGAUUCAGAAAUUCCAGACGGAGCUGAAGGUCUUCAGCGAGACCGUCAAUGCCAGGAACUCUGGGCUACCAGUGCCAUACACCUAUAUGGACCCUGCUGUGGUGGAGAACAGUGUGGCCAUUUAGAUAAGCCAAAGUCCUAGACCAGGGUCCAGUUCAUUAGGCACUAAUUGGAAGAAACCACCUUAUUUUUGUUGUCCUUUGUUUAGCUCUUUAAAAUGUUUUCCAUUGCGUGCCCUGAUGAACACGACCCAAUGAUUCUGGAGGCAUGCAAUACUAAACAUUCUAAAAUCUACAAAAUGUAUUGAGUAUGUCAAUUUUUGGAGCUUUGCUAAACUAAUGUCCCACUUCAAUCAGAUAAAGGGAAAUCGCACUGCGGGUUUUAACUGUGUUAAACCAACACACACCUCCACAUGGUGUCCCUCUCACGGACAUAGACCUUGUUGAUGUUAUUACUACCUUUGUACGUUUUAAUGGAUGUUAAGAAAUACAGGGACUUUCUGACGGAUUCUUUUCUGGUGCCAUAUAACUAACGACGACAGGGACUCCUGGUGAAAAUGAGCUCUCCUGCUAAAUGAUGUGACACUGAAAUGUUGAUUAACAGUAAACAAGUAUCAGAAUAAUAUGAGAGAACAAUAGGUGUGACUCUCGUUUGCAAUUAAAAGCGAAUCAUUUUUUA